CGUCCCGUGCCCCACUAGAAUUUCGAGCUCCAUUGCCAGGCGCGUCAUUGCACUCAAAAAUUCCCCCAGAGGCGCGUCUCCUCCAGUCAGAGUUCAACCUCCAAGUUCACACGGAAUCGCGAUAGUCGCCCCAAUAUCGUCGACUUGACACGAAUUGACGAAUCCGGACUAACUCACAUACAUAGCAAUCAGUUCUGAGCCAAAGAAGACCCCAUUGCAUGCGUCACAGCACCAUCACCCAUUUAAAAUGGCAGCAGUCGACUGCCCCAUCUGCAACAAACCCGUCAAGGAGACGCUGAUCAACUCCCACAUCGACUCGGGCUGCCAAAACCACAUCUUCAACCCCGAACGAACAUCCUCCCCGCCGACAGCGACACAAGCCAACGGUACCCCCGGCUCUACACUUACCUCAUCACAAGCCAAACGGCCCGCCUCCUCCUUCUUCUCGACUCCCGCACCGAAGCGCCAUGCCCCUCCCGCCAAAGUCUCCACGACCCCGUCCAACGGCACGACGACGACGACAGCAGCGGCGACGACUACUCGGCCCAUGGCGGGCAUGAAACGAAGAUUCGACGACGGGCCAGGCGAGCUCCCCUCUCCCAUGGCGACGGCCACCGAAACAGACAGCGAGGCAACCCAACAAACACAACCACCACCAGAAGCCGGUCCCUCGGCAAAGCGCACAAAGACAGCCCGCGCGGCGCCACUGGCAGAGCGCAUGCGUCCAAGAACCCUAGACGAAGUUUGCGGCCAGGACCUCGUUGGCCCGCACGGCGUGCUGCGCAGCCUCAUCGAGUCAGACCGGGUUCCCUCCAUGAUUCUUUGGGGUGGCUCGGGAACGGGCAAGACGACGAUUGCGCGGUGUAUUGCGCACAGCGUCGGCUCGCGCUUCAUCGAGAUGAAUGCUACAUCGUCUGGCGUGGCCGAGUGCAAGAAGCUCUUUGCGGAGGCGGCCAACGAGGGUGCUCUUACGGGCCGCAAGACUAUUAUUUUCUGCGACGAGAUACAUCGCUUCUCCAAGUCUCAGCAGGAUGUUUUCCUGAAACCCGUUGAGGCUGGCACGAUUACACUCAUUGGAGCCACGACGGAGAACCCUUCCUUUCGAGUCCAGGGCGCGCUGCUCUCGCGGUGCAGGACGUUUACACUCUCCAAGCUCUCCAGCGAAGACGUGGUAAGGAUCCUCCUCCGCGCUAUCGACGAAGAGGCGCGAACGAAUAACUUCCCCGGUAGCCCGCUCGUCGACGCGGAGCUCGUGACGUAUCUGGCUGCCUUCUCGGACGGCGACGCCCGCACAGCGCUGAACCUCCUCGAGCUGGCACUCUCGCUCUCGACGCGCGCCGGGACGACGAAGGAGAGCAUCAAGGCUUCUCUAACCAAGACGCUCGUGUAUGACCGCGCAGGCGACCAGCACUACGAUACUAUCUCCGCCUUCCACAAAGCCGUUCGCGGAUCAGACGCCGACGCGGCCCUGUAUUACCUCGCACGCAUGCUCCAGUCCGGCGAGGAUCCCCUGUUCGUAGCACGACGGAUGGUCGUCAUCGCCUCUGAAGACGUCGGCCUGGCGGAUAAUACUCUCCUUCCGCUCGCGACGGCAGCGUACACCGCCGCACAGCAGAUCGGUAUGCCCGAGGCUAGGAUCCCUCUUGCACACUGCGCCGUGGCGCUGAGUCUCGCGCCGAAAAGCACACGGGCGUAUAGGGGUCUGAAUAAUGCCUACGCGGCGCUCAAGGAGCCUGGCGCGGCGGCGUUGCCUGUACCGCUGCAUUUGAGGAACGCGCCGACGAGGUUGAUGAGGGAGAUGGGCUACGGGGCUGAGUAUAAGUACCCGCCGAAUUAUCGGGAGGGCAGGGUGAGGCAGGAGUAUCUGCCUGAUGAGCUUGUUGGGAGGCGGUUUUUGGAGGAGAGGGAUUUGGGGACGGAGGUGGAUCCGGAUUUGGAGAUGGAGGUUGAGUCUUAAGGGAACCCGAUAUGGUCACCUCGUGGAAA